AUGACGCCCCGAGAUGCUGUCUCUGGUAACAAGCGCAAGUCUGCAGACUACAACAAAGGCAAGACGAGCAAGAAGCCGAAGUUCGAAAAGCGACCACUACCCCCGCCAGUGGAAUCUGAGGAUGUAAGCGACGCUGCAAGCUUCGAAGACUUCUCGGAUGACCAAGAUGAUGGCGGCGCUUUAUUGCGUAAACACAAGUUCCAGAAGAAUGGCAAGCCGAAUAGUGACGACAAGACGGCCGAUGGGAAGGUUUUCGAGAGAGGCCAAAACUCGCGAGAGUCUCAUAUAAAGCAAAAGCAACUGGCGCUGGAGCGAAGAAAUCACAAGCCUCUAGCUGACGAGUCGCAUCGAACCAAGAAGAUAUGGGAGAGGCUACGAAGGAAAUCACACGUCCCGAAGGAGGAGAGAGACAAGCUGGUGGAAGAGCUCUUCACCAUUAUCACUGGACGUAUUAAGGAAUUCGCUCUCAAGCAUGACACUGUACGCGUGGUGCAGACUGCCAUCAAAUAUUCGACCGUCGAGCGACGCAAGAUGAUUGCGAGGGAGCUCCAAGGAUCCUACCCUCAGUUGGCUGAAAGCAAGUACGCCAAGUUCUUGAUUGGCAAGCUUAUCGUCGGGGGCGACAAGGAGAAGGACAGUGAAAUUCGAGAUCUGAUCGUUCCCGAGUUCUACGGCAAGGUUCGCAAGUUGAUCAACCACCCAGAGGCGUCUUGGAUCAUGGACGACAUCUACAGAGGGAUCGCCUCAAAGGAGCAAAAGGCAAUUCUCUUGCGGGAGUGGUACGGCCCCGAGUUUGCCAUCUUCAGAACCGAAGGCGAGGGAUUUCCAACAGCAGAGCUCUCCAAGAUCCUUGGGGAAGAGCCCAGCAAGCGAGCGAUCAUCAUGAGGUAUCUGUCAGAUAUGACCAACCAGCUGAUUCAGAAGAAGAUGACUGGCUUCACCAUGCUGCAUGAUGCCAUGCUCCAAUACUUCCUGAACACCCAACCUGGAUCUGAAGAGGCAAAGGCGUACGCGGAGAUGAUCAAGGAAGAUGAAGGCGGCGAUCUGCUUAAGAACAUGGCUUUCACCAAUUCUGGAGCACACCUCGUCUCUCUCUUGCUUGCCUACGGAUCUGCCAAGGACCGAAAAAUGAUCUUGAAGACCUACAAAGACACAUUCCAGUUAAUGUCUACGGAUCCGAAUGCACACAUAAUCAUCCUCACAGCCUACGAUGUCAUCGACGACACCGUUCUGACUUCCAAGUCCAUCUUCCCUGAAUUACUUGGGAAGAACGAGGAGAACGAGGUUAACAAUCUUGUAGUGCUAUCCAACGACCCUCAUGCACGUUUGACGAUCCGCUACCUCUUCGAAGGUGCAUCAAAAUCAUUGUUUGAUUUGGCUCAUACUUCGGACUUGAACAUUUUAGGGGAUAUAUGGGAAAUUCGCAAGACGACCAGCAAAAAGGACCCCGAAAUAAGGAGGAAGGAACUUGUUGCGGCCUUAUCACCGACGAUACUGUCUGCCAUUGAGUCUGCACCAACUGACCUCAUCUCGACAUCGUUCGGUUGCCAGAUGGUUGGUCAGGCGUUGCUCUCUGCGGUUGGGGACAAAGCUGCCGCUUUGGCCGCCAUUGCAAGUACAGCGGCUGGCGACCCAGCAUUGUCUGGCGAUGUCAUGGAACCGGCCGAGGGGGCUUGGGAGGCCGACGCCGAAAAGCCAGUGGUUCACAUCUCCCGAACAGCGCAUGGUGGUCGUAUGUUCAAGACACUUAUUGCUGGAGGCCAUUUCGACAAGGCAGCGGGUCAAAUCAAGCCAGUGGGACCCCCACUUAACUUUGCGAACAUACUUUACCCUGUCCUUAAGGACCACGUUGUGUCAUGGGCCACAGGUCCCAGCUCCUUUGUGGUUCUUGGGUUACUAGAGGCAGAGGACUUCUCUCAUGCAGAUGAGCUGAAGAAGAUUCUCAAGAAGGACAAAAAGUUGCUCGAGAAGGCAGCCACCGAAGAGACUGCCGAGCAGAAGGCCCAAAGAGAAGCAGCAGAGACCAAUGGAGAAGCGGAGAAGCCAGCCAAGAAGGGGAAGAAGGCCGCGUUGAAGAAGAACAAGCCUGUGGGUAAUUUCGGGUCAAAGCUGGUGCUGGAGAAACUCAAGAAAUAA